AUGACGCGGGAUGGUGAGAAGGAAGAAGUCGCGGAAGAACAGCGCGACGAAGGGAGCAAAGACGCAGGCGAAAAUAGCUCGCCGGUAGGGAUGCGCGGAGGCGGCGCGAAACAGCGCGGGAGUGUGGGUGCAGGUCGCUCGGCGGACGAAAUGCGUGAGGGCAGCGCAAGGCGCCAGGAGAAACGCGCGGAUGCAGAUCGUGCACCAGAAGAGGUGCGCGGGAGUGGCGCGAGGCGCCACGGGAACAACGCGGAUGCGGAUCGUGCACCAGAAGAGGUGCGCGGGAGUGGCGCGAGGCGCCACGGGAACAACGCGGAUGCGGAUCGUGCACCAGAAGAGGUGCGCGGGAGUGGCGCGAGGCGCCACGGGAACAACGCGGAUGCGGAUCGUGCACCAGAAGAGGUGCGCGGGAGUGGCGCGAGGCGCCACGGGAACAACGCGGAUGCGGAUCGUGCACCAGAAGAGGUGCGCGGGAGUGGCGCGAGGCGCCACGGGAACAACGCGGAUGCGGAUCGUGCACCAGAAGAGGUGCGCGGGAGUGGCGCGAGGCGCCACGGGAACAACGCGGAUGCGGAUCGUGCACCAGAAGAGGUGCGCGGGAGUGGCGCGAGGCGCCGCGGGAACAACGCGGAUGCGGAUCGUGCACCAAAAGAGGUGCGCGGGAGUGGCGCGAGGCGCCGCGGGAGCGCUGCGGCAGAUCGCCGCUCGCCAGAGGAGAUGCGCGACGGAGGUGCGAGGCGCCGCGGGAGCGCUGCGGCAGAUCGCCGCUCGCCAGAGGAGAUGCGCGACGGAGGUGCGAGGCGCCGCGGGAGCGCUGCGGCAGAUCGCCGCUCGCCAGAGGAGAUGCGCGACGGAGGUGCGAGGCGCCGCGGGAGCGCUGCGGCAGAUCGCCGCUCGCCAGAGGAGAUGCGCGACGGAGGUGCGAGGCGCCGCGGGAGCGCUGCGGCAGAUCGCCGCUCGCCAGAGGAGAUGCGCGACGGAGGUGCGAGGCGCCGCGGGAGCGCUGCGGCAGAUCGCCGCUCGCCAGAGGAGAUGCGCGACGGAGGUGCGAGGCGCCGCGGGAGCGCUGCGGCAGAUCGCUCGCUGGACGGCAGGCGGGAGGACGGUGGAAAAAACUAUGCGCCCAUGGGAUUGGACAGCUCGUUUGGGCCGCGAGGACGUGAGAGGAGACGUAUGGCGAUGGACGUGCGGCGAGCACCAGAGAUACGGAGGGAGGAGUAUGAGCGAGGGAGGCGUUGUCAGGAACGCAUGCCUGAGAAGAGCGAAGGGCGAUGGGGAGAAUCAGAAAAGCGGAGAGGGGCUUGUGAGGGUGAGCGGGGAAGGAGUCCACUGGGGCCGAGGAGGCCAUGGCAAUCAAGGGAAGCCAGAGCAGCCCGGGAGGGGAUAGAGCGAUUUCUGUACGGGAGGAGCUCGGGGAGCAAGAGCAAUGAGGAGCAGCGCGGAAGAAGGGAGGGGUCAUCGGAAUGGGGGGCAACGAGUAGAAGGGAGGAAUAUGAGUAUGGGCUGGAUCAGCGCCGAUGGGGUGAGCAGGAGCGGCAUGAGAAGGAAUCACUCCCUGAAGGAAGAGAGGGGUACAGGGGAAGGCAAGAAGGGCAGAGGGAACCUGGAGUGGAGGUGAGGAAGAAGCAGGACGAGAGAGGGCAGAGAGGGAAAAGAGAGGAGCAGCGUAGGCGGCAGGAGUUGAACGCCUGA